AUGGCCAGUUUCCCUCCUCUUGGGGAUUCCGUCUCCCAGCACCGAGACUUCAUUAUCAAAGGUAUAGCUGUAGAGGGCAUCAAUGCCGGAGAUAUACCCACUGACCAAAAUAUAGCUUCCGAGGCGCACCGAAGGAGAAUAUUGGAGGACCUCCGGGCGGUUAUUCCACCGGCCGAUAUUGCACAAUCUGAACUUCGGUAUCAUGGCAUUUUAAGCAUGAGAACAAAUGCUGCCGGGCCUCUCCACCCCGAUGUUCAACUGGCGCUUCACAACAUUAACGCGACGCUACAAAACAUUCAAGAAGCCCAAAUUGGACUUGACCGGAAGUUGGACGCAUUGGUCGAGAGCCUCUCUGCUCGCAGACAAUCAGAUUGA